AGAGACGGGCUCACUAAUUCCAAUAUGGUGGCCAGCUUGGCAGGUCUACGAUUGCUGUUGAUGUUAUUGUUGUUCUGCGGGAUCAGGGACGGCGCCUGCAGCCAGCGAGCCCCGCUGGUCGUAGGGCUGCGACUGGAAGACCCGGAGGGUCGGGUGUGUAUGAAGGAGCGAACAAUCUUGGCACCAGCGGGAGCCAGUUUUAAGGUUCGCCUGUUUGGAUCGGAACGGCUGAAUGGAAGCUGGCCGUGGGUCGCGUUUGCCACAGCAGCUCCGGGGGAGGCCGGGGAUGUGGGAGACGCGGCCGACCCGUGUGCGCAGGAGAGAAGUCGAGGAGCGGCCGCGUUCGAGGCGACGGAACUCCUCGUCCCCCCCGGCGAGGAGUACAGCCGGAUUAUAACGGUGCAGACGCGCAAAGAUAGCAUCCCCUCGGGCGCCGUAGGGGUAGCAAGAGACCAGACCUACCACCACCUGUGCGUACGGGAAAGUGACGGGAAAUGGGCAUCUGUCAGACCGGACAGACUGCGGGUCAUCGCCGAGAGCGUUCUGCCCAGGGACUACAUCCCGGCGUGGGGGCUGGCCGUUCUGGUGGUGGCGCUGGUUGUGGUGUGCGGGGUUUUGAAGAUGGUGAACCUCAGCCUCCUGUGGCUGGACCCCCUCGAGCUCUACGUCCUCCACAGCUGCGGGUCGGAGGAGGAGAAGCGGGGCGCUAAACGUUUGGAGCCAAUUAGGAGAAGAGGCAACUUCUUGGUGUGUUCCCUGGUGUUUCUGUGCGCCCUGGGUCACUCGGUUGUAGGGGUGUUGCUGUACAAGGCUAUCGGCGCCAUUGCACCGGCAGUAUUCGCGAGCGCCUUCCUCAUCUUUCUGCUGGCGGAGUUGGUGCCACACAUCCUGGCCUCGGGCUACGGCUUCCAGAUGGCUCCGGGGCUCACCUGGUUGGCCCAGGUGUGCAUGGUGCUGACCUGCCCGCUGUCCUGUCCGCUGGGCCUCAUCCUGGACCUCGCGCUCAGAAGGGAUAUUAGCACGUGUGGCAUCCGGGAGAGGGCCAUGGAAAUGAUCCGCACCAGCGUCAACGACCCCUACAGUGAGUUUGUGAAGGAGGAGUUUAGCCGGGGGGCCCUGCGCAGCAAGACGGUGGAGGACAUCCUGACCCCGCUGAAGGAGUGCUUCAUGCUGCCCAGCACGGCCACCCUGGACUUCUCCACCAUGUCCGACAUCAUGCAGAGCGGCUACACCCGUGUGCCCAUCUACGAGGAGGAGAAAUCCAACAUCGUGGAGAUCCUGUACGUGAAGGACCUGGCCCUGGUCGAUCCCGACGACUGCACCCCCAUGACCACCAUCACCAAGUUCUACAACCACCCGCUGCACUUCGUCUUCAACGACACCAAGCUGGACGCCAUGCUGGAGGAGUUCAAGAAAGGAAACUCCCACCUGGCCAUUGUCCAGAAGGUGAACAACGAGGGGGAGGGAGAUCCCUUCUACGAGGUGCUGGGAUUGGUCACCUUGGAGGAUGUCAUCGAGGAGAUCAUCAAAUCAGAGAUCCUGGAUGAAUCCGACGGUUACAUGGACAUGAAGGUCAAGCGUCGGCUGGCUCCCCUGGAGAUAACGCUGGAGCCCCGGGCCGCCCACGAAGAGUUCUCCCUCUUCAAGCUCCCGGAAGGAGAGCCCAAGGUCCGCACCUCCCCCCAGCUGCUGCUGGCCACGCACCGCUUCCUCUCCAGAGAAGUGGAGCAUUUCAGUCCGGGCCGGGUGUCCGAGAGGGUCCUGUUCCACCUCCUCCGCCACCCCAGUGUGAACCAGGAGGUGCAGUUUGACCCCAGCAACAGGCUGAGUCCUGAGCACUACCUGUACACACGCAACCACCCCGUCGACUACUUCAUCCUCCUGCUGCAGGGUCGCGUGGAGGUGGAGAUCGGGAAGGAGGGGCUGAAGUUUGAGAAUGGAGCUUUUACGUAUUACGGCGUUUCUGCUCUAACGGCGCCCUCUUCAGUGCACCAGUCCCCGGUGUCGAGUCAGCGCCCCAGAGACCCCUUUGAGCUGGGGGACGCCGCCAGCCCCUCCAGCUACUGUCCGGACUACACCGUGCGCGCCCUCACUGACCUGCAGCUCAUACGGGUGACACGUCUGCAGUAUUUAAACGCGUUGAUGUCGUCUCACGGCUCUCAGAGCCCCGAGCCCCCUGAGGUGAAGGUCCUCCCCAACAGCCAGACCAAGCUGCUCAACGACAGGAACUCAGCACAAGGUAGCAGUAAGGCCCUGGACGACUGCAGUGACCAGGAGGCAUAGGGCCCCCUCCUCCACCACCUCCUCCUCCACCACCUCCUCCUCCCACCGCUUCCUGCUCCCACCGUGGUGGAGAACCAUCGCUGGUUGUUUAUUUCUUAUUUAAAAGCAGUGAAUCAUCCAUCGCUGGAAUGUAGCUAUUAGACCCUAGAAAGAGAUUAUGUUUUCGUCUCCGUUUAGACCUGUUUCAAUGACAUUCCCUGUUUUAGUUAUUUUCUUCAACGGACUGUCAGUCUUGAUCCACGCAUCAUCAACAUGGUGGUGCCUUCCGCUCAGGUGCGCAUUCCUCACCACCCGUUCACAGCGUCCGUUACGUCACUGUCGUAUCCUUCCUCCCUGUUCGCCCGUCUGAUUGCCAAAGCAGAGCGCGUGGUUCUCUUGAUCCAUUUUUGUUCCACAACAUCAAUUCAUUUUUAGACGCGCAAACCUGAAUAAAAAAAAAACAGGUUAAAGGCUGCACGUUGUUCUACUGUCGAUAAGCUUCAUUUUACUGUGCGGUACGCCCAAUAGUACUGAUAUAUAGAACACUUUAAUACAGUGUACAUACACAAACACAGGACUGAAGUAGCAUAGUAGAAUCCUUCCUCUCGAUCACGACCUAUAUAGCUGCGAUGUAUUAAACAACAUCAGACAGAAAAAGGCUUCAAAGGAACCCAAAGGAACCCAUGGAUUGAAUAUGAUAACGAUGCUGGUGUGUGUGUGUGUGUGUGUGUGUGUGUGUGUGUGUGUGUGUGUGUGUGUGUGUGUGUGUGUGUGUGUGUGUGUGUGUGUGUGUGUGUGUGUGUGUGUGUGUGUGUGUGUGUGUGCGCGCUCCAGUGUGUGUGCUCUAGUGAUGUCACACUGCUCUCUUUUAGUGCUCUACCGGUUAGAUGCAUGAUUGUAAGAAUGCUCCUGUAGUAAUACCUCAAAAGAAGACAGAUUCAGGUAUUUUUGGAAUAUGUUUCGAUAGUCUUCAGACGGGAUGACGCGAUCCCGGUUCCAAGGACACUUUUGCUCAUUUUUCAAUAAAUAGAUAAUAGACAAGGUCCGGUAGUUUCGGAUGACCUCAUGGGUUUCCGUUUGCUGCGGAUGCAGACCCUCAUUCAAUGCGUUAUGUACACACAGGCUAGGAUUCCUUGAUUAGUACGGCGAGUGAUGGACGCCUUGUCACUCCAUUUAAGCGCUGCAGUAAUUUAUUCCAAACGCAAGGGGGUAAAUCAUGCCCCCAGCCCACUCUAUUUGUAUGUGCUUUGAUAGGGCAAGGUCACCAUGGCAGCCCUGAAAUCCUGCCGUUGAAUCUUCCAACUUGCUUAUAUCUGUUUGACGAGUUGGUUGGACCUGGUCUGUUUAGACACAGAAGUUGCGUCUUGCAUGACGAGCCAGUGUCAUGAUUCAAACCAACGAUUCUAUCUAUCUAUAGCCACACCUUUUCCAUUCCGUGUGUGUUUGUUUUUGUGUUUUUUUGUGUGUGUGCGUGUGCGUGUGUGUGAACCAACCAUUGCCAAUAACAUCAUUCCAUCUCCUCAUGAUUCCAGUUAGUUUUCUCAAACAUUCCAGCAUCAGCCAUCUCUGUUCAUGUAUGCAUAUAAUGAUAUCCGUGUGAUUCAUAGGGAUUAUAUGGGUGAGAUUUGAGAUGAGAUUUGAUUUGCACAUGACUGAUAUCAAUCAGGCUUUUACGAUAUUCGUCAUUGCCUCUUUAUAAGUCGUUAACUGCACAGUGUCAGUGAAGUGCCAUUGGAAUGGAUCCAUGUUCCAUGCUGAAAAUAAAAAAUACAUUAGAGUGACAUAUUUUUCCAAUUGAGUUUGAAAAAGGUGGCAACUGAAAUACAAUACUUUUCUUAAACAUUUUGUUGACAAAAUGUUCUGCACUUUGCGGGUGGUUAUGGUGUGUCAAUAGCACCAUAUGUCAAAGAGGUCUUCUAGUCACUCAGUAUUUCAAAUUUCCAUAGUGAGACCAUUAUUCUUAUAUCUUGAUUUGGAGUAAAUAUUUUUCACCUAUGUAACCAUACUUUGCUCAGUUAUGUUAUGCUCCUUUUGAAAUAGUAUCAAUAUUGUAAAUGUGCAAAAUAAGCUUGUAUUAUUCAUACUGCUUGAGAGAAAUACAUUUGUUUCCUUUUUUUGUUUGAAACUGGACAACUGAAAAGCUAGAAUCUAGUCACAUUUAGUAUUAAGGCUUUAGUAUUUGGGGGGAAUUAGUUACAGCUUCUCAAUGGAAACCGUUACCAUAAAAUGUACCUGCAGCCAGCCAGCCACACAUUCUACUGAGUAAUCCAUUUCUUUUUCUUCAUCUCUAGAUUACAUUUGUAUAGAUAUCUUUGACUGUUUUUUUGGAUGAAUUCAGAUUAUUGCAAUUUAAAGUUUCAAUAAUUAUGUUUCCUAGGAAAUAAACCACAAUCCCGUUGUAACGUA